UGAGCGGACUCGAUCAGUUGACUAUGCCCCUGGCAGUUCUGACCUACCUGCCUCAAUGACCACAGCGACACGUAGACAGAAAUUAAAUCAGGGAUCUCUGAGAGCUCCAGGGAAUAAAGAGAAUCUGAGGAAGAGUUUAAACAGUGUAUUUACAGCCACUGCGCCGCCGGUAAUGUACGCAGAACUUCACGGACGCUCAGUGAGAGAUCUGCAAAGUGGACCAUAUUUCAUCUUCCCCAGAUCUGUCGCCGAUACCACGCAAACCGUCUGUGAAUGUGUUCACGUAAAGAUUGUCUUUUGUCUGCGACGAUCUUUAUCAAGGUACAACAGCGCCAUCUAUAUGAGAAAUAAUGACACGCCGCCUCAACUGUAACGUACAGUCAUAUUGUGGGAGAAAUGACGUCAUUUGAGGUCAAAGUCAAUAAAUUAUCAUCAUCAUCA